CAUUAACUGACUCCCAACAUCGAUUCCCAGUCAGCAGUCAAGUCAGUGGUUAACUUUUCCUCCACAACGGGAUUCGAAACAAUUUUGUGUCAACGAUAUCAAGAAAAAUUUGUGCAAGCCCUGUGCUCUUGUGACACUGAUAGCGGCGAGUGGGCAAGGUUCGACACCUUGUUGUGUUCCCAAUUUAGCAGGAAAAUCGUUUUACGUUUUACGCAGAACGCGCCGCGUCGUUUCGUGCAAUUCGCCAGGUUCUUCAGUUGAGAACCUGCUCUUUAUUUACGACUUUUAGAAAAUUGUAACGGCCAGCUGACAACACAGAAGCGGCCUACCUGACGCUCAUUCCUACCAACAGUUUUAUACGAGUCGCGUAAGUGAAAUUAACUGUAAUUUCAGAAAGAACUAAAUGGGUCGAAGGUUCGAAUUUCAGGCGUUGCCAGCUUCAGUGUGUAGUGGCAAAAGAGAAAACUGCGCCUUCGACAAGAGCGAAGCUUUAACUUUGCCCGGACAUCACUCAUAUAUCUGAUGAGUGCAGUUGCGGUCAACCAACACGACGUUUCGAUCGAAGUCAGAUAGGGCCUACCAGGUUAUUUUCAUCAUCAUUCAUCCUUGUCGUUCAGCUUGCCCAGCUCAAACUGCCGUUCCGGGAGAAUCAUGAUUUCAAUAGCGUCAAUCUUGACGCCCUCAUCACCGCAGGGGGCACUCAAUGGGGCAUCUUCGUCAACAAGUCCAGCUGCAGCGACCAUAACCUCUAUCACGAACUCGAACCGAACGGGGUCAGUCAUAACCAUCAAUUCUAAUGCCGUCACCCAUGUUAGUCAGUUAAGAUCCCCAUCAUUGGCGACUCCAAGUUGUUCAACCAUAUCUGGUCACUCAAGCGGGCCUUCAACAAGCUCGUCCAGCAAAUCUUCAUCUUCCACUUCACUUACGAACUUCGGCUCAUCUGGAUCUGUUAACCAACGUCUCAACAGCAAUGACGCCAUCAAUAAAAGAUACUCAGGCAAUCUGGAACUAUACAACGACGCAGCAUCGAUGAGCCCUAGCGAGUCUGCCAUCAGCGACUUUAAAACGUCAAAUUUAACUCAGCAACUUGAUUCGGAUCAUCUCGCCGUAUGCUUCAAGGCGAUGAACGCAAUGCGUUACAGCGGUCAGCUCUGUGACGUCGUUUUAAAGACGGAUUCGCCCUUCGGCACACAGCAGUUGCCUGCCCAUCGUCUCGUGCUCGCUGCCUCUUCCGCGUAUUUUUUUGCGAUGUUCAAUGGAGAACUCGCCGAACGUAAUCGGUCGGAGGUGACUCUCCACAGCGUGGACGCACUCGCCUUAAAGCUAAUCGUUGAUUUCUGCUAUACCGGCGAAAUUAUCAUCAAUCAAAGUAACGUCCAGCAUCUACUACCUGCCUCGAAUUUUCUUCAGAUUGAGACCGUACGUGAGGCGUGCUGCAAGUUUCUGUUAUCCCAACUCGAGCCGUCCAACUGUCUUGGUAUCAGAUCGUUUGCCGAUGCGAACUGUUGCGUCGAUCUGCAGGGACAGUCGCAUCGGUUUGCGUUGCACAACUUCCAUAACGUUUCUUUGACUGAAGAGUUCCUAUUGCUUGAUAUUCAGCACGUCGAAGACCUCGUUUCGAGCAGCGAACUUAAUGUCCCGGCUGAAGAAUGUGUAUACAAGGCUAUUAUGAGAUGGGUUAAACACGAACCUGGUCGCGAAAAACAUUUGGAGCGUUUACUGAGACAUUGUCGUCUGCCGCUUGUAGACAGGCAUUUUCUUCUAUCUGAUGUCUCUGAAGAGCCUUUGGUCCAGCACAGUGAAGCCAGUAAGGACCUCAUCAUGGAAGCAAUGAAGUAUCACCUUGUGCCUGAGAAACGAUCGUCCAUGACAUCGAUCAGAACAACUUUACGACGGCCGGAAGGUCUCCGGCCUUAUCUGUUUGCAGUCGGAGGAGGUUCACUCUUUGCUAUACACAGCGAUUGUGAAUAUUAUAAUCCUCGAACAGACCGAUGGUUACAUUUUGCUCCGACGAUGCAUCGACGAUCCCGAGCGGGUGUCGCCUCACUCAAUCGUCUCUUAUACGCCAUUGGUGGCUUUGACGGCAUCAAGGAUUUGUCUUCAGCUGAGGUAUACAACCCGCAAACAAACGCAUGGUCUCUAAUCAGCCCUCUCGGAACGCGACGCUCAUGCCUGGGUGUAGCAGCUCUCAACGGUCUGUUGUACAUAGCUGGUGGCUAUGACGGAUGCUCCUGUCUCAGUUCUGUUGAACAAUUUGACCCACUUGUUGGCACGUGGUCAUCUCUCGUUGGAAUGGAUAGCCGACGCCGUUACUGCCGCCUCACCGUCUUAGACGGCUGCCUAUACGCGGUUGGUGGACACGACGGCGCAAACUACCAAUCCUCUGUCGAAAGACUGGAUCCGAGGGAGGGCCGUUGGCGCCUUAUGCCAGCGAUGAGUUCUCGGCGAACUUCAUGCGGAGCGGCUAGUCUCGACAGGGCACUUUACGCUGUUGGAGGAAAUGAUGCAUCGCUCUGUAUGAAUAGUUGUGAAAAAUUUGACAUCGUGGCAAACGCCUGGACCAACGUAGCGAAUAUGCAUUGCCGCAGAACAACUCACGAAGUAGUUCAGGCUGACGGGGUACUAUUUGCUGUCGGCGGAAAUGACGGCACUUCGAGUUUGAACUCAGUGGAAAUGUACGACGCUCGCGAAAACAGCUGGACGCAACUGGGAGCCAUGCAAUUACGUCGCAGUAGUAUCGGGGCUGCCGUAAUCGACUGCCCCCAGCUUGAGUCGCUCGCUUUUUAAUAAAACGAACGAGACGAAUCAUUCACGUUAAACGCUAAUCAUAAACAUUAAACAUUAGCGAGUAACAAUAGCGGGCCGUAAUAACUAGUCGGCAUAGUAGAGCAAAACUAUAAAACAGGAUUAUAGAUCCAUAUCGAUCGAUAUUGAGCAUACAUAGAAAAACAGAUGGGGAAUUCGACAUAUAAAAUACUAUGGUGGUAUAUUUAUCAAUCAACCAAAUUGACCUUUGGAUGUAAGGCCACCUUCUAGUGUACGUGCGAUCAAAAGAUCGAUGACACUGAGAUAUUCCGACACCAGUCGAAAAUAUGUAGUAUCGAAUUGUUAAAAUGAUUUCUUGGAUAUUCUUUGAUCUGAAAAAUCGGUUAUCUAUGGGGUAUUGAUGGGGUAUAUGGAUUAGAUUUCCAUGACCUUUAAGCAGUGACACCUUUGUCCUAUUACGUCGACUGAAUUGAGGGUGCGCUAUUACAAUUGAGACUCUAAAGAAAUUUACUUACCAGUUCAUUUCGGAAAAUUAGCUCUAGUCAAAGAGGGAUGCAAUAUAGAAUAGCAGAGCGUUGGUCACUAUCUUUACGCUUAGCUAAACUGCUUGUAGCAAACACGCAAUUUCAUUGGCCGUAUUUAAGUUCUUAGAGAAUCAUGCUUAUUUUGACACUCCAAUAGGACUACUAGAAAAUUAGCAACUACAGGGCACGUCAACGAUCAAAAUCAGGAGAUAACAGUAGGUCAUUUUUAGCUGAAAGAUGAUUUUUCUUAUGAGUCAGUCUAGCAACCGAAUGCACCAGAGAUUGCAGCCAGUUUGGUAGAAGCCACCAUAAUGGCUAAUACUAAAGAGCUAUCUAUCUGGGUCACCGUUAAUGCUGUUUUAUCUAGGCGCUAUGAGGGGAAAAGGAGCCUCGUAAAUGAUGUAUGUAUGUCUUAAUGUAGUUUUUGUUUGAGCCAAGGCCAGAACUCGUUUAGAGAUCUGAGCUCAAUGCAGAGGGCGGACGUCGCAGUGCCGUCGAUCUGAGGUUUGCGCCUCAAAAAUUUCUGUAUGAACGGUGAGUGCAUGGAUAGCACAAUUCGGCGUGUAUGGAUGUUUUAUUUAAUGUUCAAUUGACUUCGUACAACCGAAAAUAGUAUUUAAAUGGACAGUGUGAUUUCUGUCAGCUGGAUGCACGACGCGUUCGAUUGGACCCUGUUGAAUUUGUGGAACCCUGUUGAAAUUAAUGCUGAUUAUAUAACGACGUGCAAAAGUUCUACGUAACACAGGUAUAGUCGGAUAAUAGUAUUAUGUUUUUCAUACAAACAACAAAAAUAUCAUAGCCCCGGAUGUAUGGCAUGUUGUAAAAAUAUUAUAUGUCAUAACGGAGAGUAGGCGUCCUGUAAAAAAAUCUGUUACAUUCAUACAUAUAAUAGACGUUCUCAAACUAUAUUAUAGGUUUAAGCGUACGUGUAUCUCUGCCCAAGCCAUCUAUAAUGAGGGAAAGCCAGUGUGCAGGACACUGGCGACAAUAUACAAAGCUGUGCUUAUUUAAAGUGCAACAUCCUAACAAUAGUUAUAUAGCAAUAAUAAUAUUCAUAAUAUCUAGGACAAAAAAAUAUACUGCUGUGGAAUAGAGAAGCAGCUGGGGUACCGCUUGGAAACAUACUUGAAUGGAAUAAUAUAUAUAAUGAAACAGCGGAAAAGCUGAAGGAUUCAUGUCGUCAGUGUAAACGCAUUAGCAAAUUUCGAUGCGCCAUGUAUUAUUGAGCCACGUUUGAAAGGGUUGCAGCCAAGAAGCGUCUUCUACAAUGCAGAAUAACGGCACACAGCGACAGAAUUAUACACAUGAGCCAUGCUUAACAAGGCUCUACAGCACAUACGAAUAAGUGUACGUUCUACACACAAAAAUUACUAUAUAAAAAAAAAAAAAAUUGAUGGACCCUACAUCGCGAAACGCUGUUCAGUAUUCGGCGCAGUAAGGCAAACUCAUGUUUAUGUUGUGGUAAAUGCUAAACGGAAAUUUGCCCACUCGACAAGAUGAGAAUCUCCAAUGGAAAAACGCCCUGAACAACGUGAACGCUUCUGGCAUAGUUUAGCGCCCAGCUUUCUUUUCCAUUCAUUUUAGAUAGGUUCAUAUCUAUUGUUACAAUGCUACAUAUUCGGUACGUAUUCUACGAGAGUGAAAAGUAAACACGCUUGAGUACGUUUGCUCAUCUGAAGUUCACCAUCUAUAUCAUAAGCGUGUUUUUAGCUUCUGUUCUUCGGUACGUCGUGUCCUCCAGCAACGAUUUAUCUGAAAUUACCGCAAAGUGAAAUUGAACCGGGAACAAACGUCACUUAAUCGUCCUCCUUCAAUGGGGAGGUUCUCGGUACAAAUACCCCUUCGCAUAUCGGUAUGUCGCUUAGUAUGAGUCAGAAAUCAGACUAAUAUAAUAGUUUUGCAUUGCUACCCUCAAUGACGCAGGUCAGCUUCACAGCUGGAAAAGAUAUGUUUAGCUAAUAAUAGGGGUUGAAGAUGUAGUCUCAAUGAAACGGCACCCCACCGAACAUAUGAACAAAAUACGAUCGCUUAGCCGACCGCGGCCCCAUAUACACAUAAAAAAACAGUACCUUCUCUUAUGCGACUGCAAUGCUCGUGUGCGUAUGUAUAUACACGAUGUGUAUGAAUAUUGAGUAAGAGAUAUGAAAUUAUUACCGAUACAAGCAGAGCAGUCCUAGGAUGCACCAAUCGUUUACAGGAAGAACGAGCGAAAUAGCAGUAGGACAAUGGUAAUCGAUUUAUCAGGAACAUCUGUGAUAUACGAUUGAGUAACAUAAGAUGUCCUAUCAAAUAAAUGCAUUGUUUCCCGUGAAUCGGCAUCACUAUCCAUCGAACUUGUUAUUAUUUUCUAAUACUUUGGAUAUUUAUUAAAGGUUCUAAUUAACGUAACUGUGUUUGGACGUAUUAGG